UAAUAAUAUCGCCUCACUAGGAAUAGUGGCUAAGCGAAAAUGCAUUGUACUUUUUCGAUACUUUCAGAAUAGAAGCGGCACUUCAUAGCUGACAAAAGUAAAUAUUUACGAAGGCAAACGCCUGAAUUAGUCACUGUCGAUAUGUUAACGCUCAGCUAGUUGAAGUCAAUGCAUUUUUGGUUAGCUGAGUUUCGCAUUGUUGUUUGAAAUGCUACGAAAACAAAAUGCUGUUCAAAUUUAUUCUCCAGCACUUUUGGGAGUUACAGUCUUUUUCCGACGUGCCGCUCUUCAACUGAAUUCGUUGUGUAAGUGCAAUAAACUACCACACAGCGCACACAGCCACAUUUCAACCGCACCGAAUUCUCGUCGUACCCUAAUACAACAAUUAAAAAAUAUGAGCUUAUUUAAAAAUGCUCACCUGUAAUUACGCUGAUAAAAAAAGUUAUAAAACGAGUACGUAAGGCGUCCGCUAAACGAAAAAAAAGCUCUACAAUUGACUCCGCUGGAAAAGCGUGAGCGCACAGUGGAGUACGAGUAAAAUACUUGGGUAUAGGAAACGCUUAGUAAGCAGUUGAAACGCGCGCCGAGUGGCAGCGCUAAAAACUUAUUGAAAGUGAAGUUCACCGCACGAUUUUAAUAAGCGCAAAAAGUGUAGAGCGGCGGUGGUGCGGUGUGCGCGCACUCACAUGAGUACAUAAAUACGAGAUAACAGAAAGUACUUUAACUAAAUUAUUUUGGUGUUUUUUUUUAUGAGUGCGUGCCCUUGAACGGACAUUAAGUCAUUCGAAAUUCCACAAAGGUUGGCAAGAAAUAUUUUAAAAUGUGGUGGGUAUGGCUAAUUGUGGCCAUUGUGAUUACCGUCCUCAUAAUCUUCGUCAUCACGCCGCUUAUUUACAUCUUCUACAAGCGUAACUACUGGCGUAUGCACCAUGUGCCAUUCGAACCUCCUGCGCCGGAGUUUGAAAUUCUACAGCAUCUAUUUGGCCUGCGCACAACACUGGAAUGGCAGGAACUGGAGCACUACGAUCAGCUGUACCGCAAUUUCAAAGGUCAGGGUCCCUUUUGCGGUUUCUAUCGGCUCAUGCAGCCGCGCGCUCUCAUACUCGAUCGCGAGUUGAUUAUGCAGAUACUGAUCAAGAACUUCUCGAAUUUCAAUGAUCGCGGCAUCUAUCACAACAGCAAACACGAUCCGCUCUCUGCCGACUUGUAUAGCAGACGUGGUAGCGAGUGGAAAGAGAUGCGACUGCGACUGGAGCCGAUUUUUGCCAAAGAUGAAAUGCGCCACCUGUACGACGGGCUGCGGGAAACGUGCGCGGAAUGGCUGGAGAGCUUCGAUCAGCUGGUGAGAGAAGAGCGCGCGCAUAGCGGUUACAUAGAGAUACGCACACAAAUGCGCCGUUUUGUGUUAACCAGCUUGGCGGUUUGUGUUUUCGAUUUGAACGCACAACGGCAGCAAAAGUAUCCGCUGAACGUUUUCGAUGAUAUGACUCAUCUAGAGAAUACAACAUCACGUCACAGUGAAUUUGCUAAUGCUUUCUUGCGGCGAUAUCCCAGGCUGGGUAAGAGGCUUAAGUUGCGUACCACUUGCAGGGAAGUGGAAAACUAUUUCAUUGGCCUAAUCACUGAGGUGGUGAGCGAGCGUGAGCAGAGCGCUACUGAGAAACAUGACUACCUACAGCUUUUGGUGAACUUAAUGCAACAGGAGCUGAGUACACACGAGGUUGAGGAUCAGACCAUGAAGGAGCUGAAGGAGCACUUAAUGGGAGAGUUAGCCUCGCAUGCUAUUUCCUUCCUCAAGGCAGGACUACGUCCGACCACACACACACUCACAUAUGUGCUAUAUGAAUUGGCAUUGAACGAUCCAAUACAACAACAACUGCGUGAUGAGGUGGCGGAAGCGCUGCAACGGCACAACAAUGAGCUCAAUUACGAUUGUGUACGCGAACUUAAGUUUAUGGGUCAAGUCAUAUCAGAGACCAUACGCCUACAUCCGGUGGUGCCUUACCUGAUACGGCGCACGCUCACCGAUUUCCCGGUGCCAAACAACGACAAGUAUGCGCUACCCAAAAAUAUGUUCAUCAUCGUGCCCACGCAUGCCAUACACAACGAUGCCGAAUAUUAUCCGGAGCCGUUUAUGUUCAAGCCUGAACGAUUCGGCCGCUCCGACAAUAAGCGACGUGACCUCUGCAUGUGGCUUGGUUUCGGUGAAGGACCACGCAGCUGCAUUGGUCUGCAAUUCGCUCAGCUGCUGAUGCGACUACUCUUGGCACAGCUGAUUACGCGGUAUCAUUUUAGUGUAGACCGCACGCGGCUGAUGACGAAGCCGCAGAAUGUGAUCAGACUGCGGGUGGAGCCGCUGAACGACGAACCAGAGGGCAGAGAGGCUGAUGUGGUGAUUUAAUCAAACGGUGGGAGUUUUAGAACAAUAUAUAGUUUAAGGUUAUACAGGGUUGUAUUGUAGCAGAAAAUAUGUAAAUUUUGGAAGCAAUUGUUGUAAAUAUUUUUUUUUAAUUUGUGAUAAAUUUUGACAAGAUAGUAAUAUAACUUUGCCGAUGUAAAUAAAGAACAAGCGAUGUCAAGAAAUCUCUGUUAGUCAAAAACAAAAAACAUGGGG